CCGGUGGGAGGAGAGGGCUCGGCUGGGCUGGCUGGAGCCCGGGCAGAGUGUGGGGAGCACCCAAGCGGAGCCAGAGGGACAUUGUGUGCGGCACAGAGAAGAGCCCACAGAGGAACAUGGCGCUGCUUCGGGGGCUCCUGGUGCUCAGCCUGUCCUGCCUGCACGGCCCCUGCUCUGUGUUCUCUCCAGCAAGCGCCACGGAGCCCUUGGGCCAGCAGAUAGUGAUUGGGCCAAAUCAGGAGACACUGUCCCCACUUAGCUUCCUCAAGUUGGGCAACCAGGAGCUUCGGGGCCAGCCCACCCUGAAGAAGGCCCUGGCUGACUGCAAGGCGGCCCCAACCCCGGAGCAGACCCACAGGCUGGCCAAGGCCAUGAUGGCCUUCACCACAGACCUAUUCUCCAUGGUGGCCCAGAGGUCCACCAGCCCCAACCUCGUCCUGUCGCCCCUGAGUGUGGCCCUGGCACUGUCUCACCUGGCACUAGGUGCGCAGAACCAGACACUGCAGCGGUUGCAGCAGGUGCUGCAUGCAGACUCGGGGCCUUGCCUCCCCCACCUGCUGAGCCGCCUCUGCCAGGACCUGGGCCCUGGGGCAUUCCGAAUGGCUGCCAGGAUGUACCUGCAGAAAGGAUUUCCCAUCAAAGAGGAUUUCCUGAAACAAUCAGAACAUCUCUUUGGCGCAAAGCCCAUAAACCUGAUGGGAAGGAAGGGGGACGACUUGGCGAACAUCAACAAAUGGGUGAAGGAGACCACGGAGGGGAAGAUCGAGGAUUUCCUCUCGGAGUUAUCUGAUGACACGGUGCUGCUCCUCCUCAAUGCCAUACAUUUCCAGGGUUUCUGGAAGAGCAAGUUUGACCCGAGCCUCACCCGGAGAGAAACCUUCCACCUGGAUGAGCAGUUCACGGUGCCGGUGGACAUGAUGCAGGCCCUCACGUACCCUCUGCACUGGUUCUUGCUGGAGCAGCCUGAGAUACAGGUGGCUCAUUUCCCCUUUAAGAACAACAUGAGCUUCGUGGUCAUCAUGCCCACCUCCUUUGAAUGGAACGUGUCCCAGGUGCUGGCCAACCUGAGCUGGGACAUCUUGCAUCAGCCCUUACAGCGGGAGAGGCCCACCAAGGUCCAGCUGCCUAAGCUGCGUCUGAAAUAUCACCUGGACCUGGUGGCCACCCUCAGCCAGCUGGGCUUGCAGGAGCUGUUUCUGGCCCCAGACCUGCGCGGAAUCUCGGAGCAAGGACUGGUGGUGUCCAGUGUGCAGCAUCAGUCCACGCUGGAGCUCAGUGAGGCAGGCGUGGAGGCGGCUGCGGCGACCAGCUCUGCCAUGUCCCGCAUGUCCCUCUCCUCCUUCAGCGUGAACCGCCCCUUCCUCUUCUUCAUCCUCGAGGACACCACGAGCCUGCCGCUCUUUGUGGGCAGCGUGAGGAACCCCAACCCUGGUGCACAGCCAGAGCACAAAGAGCAGCAGGAUUCGCCUGACAACAGGGACCCCUUCCAGAAGCUGGAAGCCUUGCCCCGAGGAGACAAGCCCUUUGGCCCUGACUUGAAACUGGUGCCCCCCUUAGAGGAGGAGGACCCCCAGCCUAGCAGCCCCAAGUGAGGGGUUGUGGGCUCCAGCAUCCUGAGUCCCUGCUUGGACCAGCCUCUCAGUUCACAUGACUCUUUCCCAACAGCUUUGUGGGGUUAGGGGUGGGGGGCUGGGCAGGCAGUCUGAGGAGGAGAGGGGCCACUCUCUCUGUCUCCUCUGGGGAGUUUGGGGUGGGGUGGGGCAGGGAGGAGGGGCAGCUGUGGACCCACUUCUGUCAGGAAGGUAGGUGGGUUAUUCCUUACAUGGGCUGGGGUACUUCUCUGUUUGUUUACCAGAGGGGGGUGGACAGGAGGGAUUGGAUGCCCUGGCUGGGGACAGGAGAGGCAGGCCCUGGGGGUGACUCGGGGGAAGAGCCCUGUCCUGGGGUUAGACACUGUGGGUCAGCCUUGUCCUGCUCUGUGGGUGGAGGCUGAGCAUCGCACAACGGCCUCAGUCAUUACCUGCCCAAGGCCCACUGGCCUCUGCCCCCCCUCGGUCCCAUGCCCUGUCACCUUGGUCUCCCUGCUAGUCCUUAGAGACGCCGACACUGCCAGGAUUCCCUUUCCUUCCUCUCUCCUCUUCCUCCUCUGCUUGGGGUCUCAAGGGCUAAGGGCGGUGGUGGCAAUAGCUCCUUAAGGCUCUUUUGUAAAGUUUUUAUAGUGAUUUGUAUGCUACCUGAAUAAAGAAUGAAUGGGC